UUCGGCAGUGUGUAUUUUUUCACUCUUCACUUUCUUCCUCCCCUCCCCCCUGCCCUCCUUGUGUUAUCACAACCCUUACCUUGACUAUGCAUGUUGAAGAGACACACCCGGUCGCUUCAUUUCUACCAAUCACUGAGACACGCCAAGGAGAUGUACUUCCUGUGUUCUGUGGAAGAAAAGUGGAGCAGAGGAGAGCAGAGUUUUCUGGGCUUGUUUUGUUUUGUUGCCGAAGGUGGGGGUCCACACACACUCACAGGGGACAGUAGUAGUGGACACGCUGAGAGGGAUUUUUGCUUGUGAAAGACCAACUUGCGGAACGCCACUACAACUAUAAGGACGGGACAGAGACAAAGAGGAGGGAAGAGAUAAGUGUCAAUCUGUUGAGACUUGUUUGGGAAUUUGAGGAAGGAGGAGAAGUGGGGGGAAGAGACAGAGAGAGGCAGCAAGAGGGAAAAAGCAAGGAGAAUUCGGGCGUAAACAUGAACCUUUCAGAAGAGUAAAAACAAGUGAGAGGAGGAAACAAAAAAAGAGACUAAAUAGUUGUUCAGACGUAUUUGGAAAAACAAGUUUGCCAUUUGAUCUGUCACCCGGAUAAUGUCAGCACAAGGAACUAAUAUGUUGUGCAAUCCAGUGCUUUUUGGCUGAGCUGGAGUAGAAGGGGUAGACCACAUCUCCCUUAGGCACACCUUCAGGCUCUUCUCAUUUUGCUGCAAUGGAGACCAAAAACGGCCAUCUUUAACACCGGUGACACACUUUCUAACCUAACAACGAUGGACAAACUUCUCCCUAGAGGAAAGGUCUCUCGGGAUCCAAGUCCUCUGUCAGGAAUGAGGGGCAUCUUCCACCGAGGAGACAACAAUCAAAAACAAAACAGGAAGAAGGAGAGCGAAACUCAGAAAAUGAGGGAUGAAGAAGUGGUCGGCCUGGAGCGAUCGAUGGACAGAGACAGACCUCCCCGCAUCAGAGAUGGCGAAAGAGAGUGGAGAGAUGGAGAACGAAGGCAAGCCGAUGGCAGAGACAAACAAUGCAGGCCGUCGUCAAAUGUAGAGAUGACUGAGACUGAGCAAUAUGUAAAAACAGGGACAAAGAAAGGUGACACGUUUCCCAGAGAGAGAAAGGGAGACAGAGAUCCUAUUACAAGAAAGAUGACAGAAGGAGAAAUGAGGCAGAGGGAUGGACCCAGAAGAGAACAGAUGGAGGACUGGGAAAUUGAAAGAUCUAGGCGCCAAGACGGAGAAAGAGAGGAGAUCCAAAGGAGGGCAACAGAAGAUGGAAGAAGACCACCAGAAGAUAUCAGAACACAAAAGAGAGAAAGAUAUAAAGUAUCUGGAGUUGAGUUUCAAGACAGGAAAGGAGAAGUGGAUGAUUCAUGGGUUAGGAGAGAUAGGGAUGCAGGUAGAAAAAGAGAUCAGUUCAGAGCUGUGAUGGAUACAAAGGAUUCUGAAAGGUGUUCUCCACAAAGGAGACCAGAAACAGAAAGGUACACAGGAAGGACGGAGAGAACAGCAAGGAAAGAUGCCAGGAAUGAAGGAGAUAUUGAUGCGAGAGAGUUGGAGAGAAGGGAAAAAAUGAGGGACAAAGAUAUAGAGCAGAGGACCCCUUUCAGCAGGAAUGAGGUGUUCUACCAGAGCAGAAGAGCGCGGGGAAGGGAUCGACGUGGAAACCAGGAGAGAUAUAGGGAAGAAAGACAUAAGAGGAGAGAACAGGAUGACUGGUCAACAGACAAAGAUCUCAGAACAGAAAUGAGACCAGCAGACACAGGGUAUGAAAGAAGGCAAGCGAUCAGAAGGGAUGGCAGGAGAGAGGAUGAUCAAUGUAGAAAUCAGAGACAAGACAGAGAGGGGAAAAAAAGGCAGGAAGAUGGAAGGGAAGGCGUGAGCAACAGAUCCUUGAGUGAUUCUUCUCCUCGAGCAACACCACGAGGCCAAGUCAGUGGAGAGUGGAGAAGCAAGGGGCAUAGUGACAUGAGGUACAUAAGAGAUUAUGACAGGGAACAAAGAAGGGAGGGCAGUGUUGGAAAAGAACCCCAAAUAGAUCCAGGGCAAACAGGUGAGAAAAGACAAAGGCAAAUUCUAAGAGGUGAGAGGUUUGACAGAAAUGAAAGCGUAUCUUGUGGUUCAGACAAGGCACGGAUGUGGCUAGAACCACAGAGGGGCACAUCACAACCAAGGCAGAAAGAGGGGAGGAGAAUAGACGAAAGGGAAAUAAAGUCACAGGAAGAAGGGGAAAGAGAUGUGUGGCAAUUACGAGGGGAUCCAGAUGAGAGGAACAUGACCCAGAGUAGAGAAGUAAGAGAACGCAACGAGGACUCUGAGGGGUUGAGUGUAGAUGGAGACGAGGACGAGGAAGUCUGGAGAGACAGUUUUAGUGAAGACAAGGAACCGCUGCCCAACAGUGGUAGGAAGGAAGCUGAGAGAAGCUGGAGGAUGGAUAUUCAGGGAGAAAACUUGUUAAAUAGCACUAGUGGCACAGAGGAAGAAGGUGGGAGCUCUUCUGGGAGUAGAGGAGGGAGUGUCAACAGCUGCAAUCCAAACAGAGACAGGAUGCUGUCUUCCGAGUCCGGCAAUGUGUUUCUGUCCAGUGGGGUAGAUAAUGGGCAUGAGAUGGAGCAGAGAUUUAGGAUGAGGGAGAAAUUUAGUGAACCUAGAAACUCAAACAAAAGAGAAAAGGACUCGGCAACAGGGGAUGAGGAAGUGAUUAACGCAGAGCAGCAAGGGAGAGAAAAUAAGUCGAUCUUCUGUGCAGUUGGGCAAACUGUUUCCCAGUCAGAAACUCAUGAGGUGUCACUGUCACAAGAUGACGAGGGAGGGGUGGAAACAUAUGACACAAAUAAAGAAGGUCAUCAACGGAGAAGUGAUGAGGAUACACGUAAACCUCAGCACCACCCAACACCAAGCAGAAGGAAUCAGCAGCCAAGGGGAGAGAGCCUCACUUCACGAGACCCGAGUGGAGAUGGCUAUGCAGCACCUGUGGACCUUCAAGACAAAGAAGUUGAAGAAAUAAUGAGACAGGGGCCACUGCCCACUGAUAUGGGGAUAAAGAAAAAAGACUCAAAGACCGAAAGGCUCCUAGAACAAUGGAGAGAGAAGAAUAACAGGAAAGAGGAUCAAACAUCUUGUGGCGAUCUUCCUCAUUGCAGCAGCUUUGAACAAAUUCAACCUUUCCUGAAUGAGCUAGACACUGAAGCAAUGAGUCCAGAGGAGGUGGAGGCCAUUCGCAUCCGAAUGAGCGGGGUAUGGAUGGAUCCUGAGCGAACCAAGCGGCGCUCCGAUGCCCCUCACCUUAAAUGGGCCACAAGUGUAGUCCGUGAGAUCCUGGGCCACUCUGGUGAACAGACAGAGGACGAACCAAAUUCGGGGGCAGAAGAAAACCAGCAUGUCAAGCAGGCUGUGAAUGAUGAGCAUCAAGAAGAGGCUGAGAGCAAGAGUGUGAACUUGCCUGUUGUGACUCUGACAACAGAUGAUCAACAAUCAGAGCCAGAUCUUGAGGAAGAAGAGGAGGAGGACGACGACUUCGAUUUUAAAGAUGAUAAUGAUUUUAAGAGCAAAAGCUGGGGAGAGGCAGAACUAAGGAAUGCUUUAAACUCCAACAUAAAGAAGAAUAGGAAAAGUUUUUACAAUCGUCCUCAGCUCUAUCAGCAGUACAACGAGGAGUCUCAGAACAUUGAGAUUCUGCGUCAGUCCCGCUCAGACACCCUCACAGUGGGCGAGGGAAACAGUCGCUCCCCCUUACCUUCACCUCCACCCGCUCGCAGACCCCUUCCUCCUUUACCGGCUUGCCCACACCCUCAUUCCCUGUCCUACUCGGUAUGUGGUCACUCCAGCGCCACGACCUUGUCUCUUCCGGACCGAUCACAGAGCGAACGCAGGGCCUCCUCUCCGAGUCUGUCCGUCUCGCUCACGCAGUCGUCGUUACUUUGGCGGGAUCUGCCCAACGUCUGUAACAACCCCGAGCUGAUGAAGCUCACAGAUGAUCAGAGGCGGCUGCAGGAGGUGAGAUUUGAAGUGGUGACCUCCGAGGCCUCCUACUGCAGAAGUCUGGACAUUGUUGUUUUACAUUUUGUCAAGAAUAAAGAGCUAGGGAAGCUGCUGACGACUCAGGACAAGAACUGGCUGUUCUCCCGUCUGACUGAAGUUCGCGUCAUCAGCCACAGAUUUUUAGCGAAGCUGGAAGAGCGUGUGGAAUCCGAUGUUUUGCAGUUUACAGUGUGUGACAUUAUUGCUCAGCAAUGUCGACGCUUCAGAAAGGUUUAUGUGCCCUACCUCACCAACCAGUCGUAUCAGGACGCCACAUACCAAAGACUCAUGAAUGACAAUCCUCAAUUCAAGCGGAUUGUGGACAACUUGGAGAAGAGUCAAGUUUGUCAGAGGCUUCCUCUCCGUUCCUUCUUGGUGCUUCCGUUCCAAAGGAUCACCAGAAUUAAGCUGCUGGUCCAGAAUAUUGUAAAAAGAACAACCCCUGGAACAGUGGAGGCAGAAAACACCAUUAAAGCUUUAACACAUUUGGAAAGGAUCAUUCAAGAGAGUAACGACAGCAUCACUGAAAUGAAAACCAUUGAGUCUUUGGUAUCGCUAAGUGGCAAAGUGGAAUUUGUGGAUUGCAAGACUCUUCCUCUCAUCAGUCAAAAACGGCGGCUGGUGAAAGAAGGUCCCAUCACUCAACUGAUGGAUUUCUCUCUAAAGCAAACGGAGAGAACCAUUUACUUACAUCUCUUCAAUGACUACCUGCUAGUAUCGACACAAAAAGAAGGGGGAAGGUUUACCGUCAUCGAUCACUGUCCUGUGGAGGAUCUGCGUACCGAAGACUUCCGUGUCAAAAUCCUGACCCUGCAGAAGAACAGCUUCCGCUUACACUUGGCACAGAAUUCCCUGCUGCUAAGAACUGAGACAAAGAGCGAUAAGCUACGCUGGAUAUCUGCCCUCUCCAGGACUUGUCCUGCAGUUGAUUUUUCUACUGCAGAAAAUUUAGCACAGAUGCAGUGCAUCAGAGCUUACAUUGCUCAGCAGCCGGAUGAGAUGUCUGUAGAAAAAGCAGACAUCAUUUUGGUUCACCAGGACAGCGGAGACAACUGGAUAGAGGGGAUUAGACUGUCGGACCAGCAUUUUGGAUGGGUGCCCAAUUCCCAUUUGCAAGUCAUAAGCAACGACAAAGUCAAGAAGCGCAACCUGUCGGAUGCUCUCACACUAACAAAGGCUAAAGCUGCUGUCUGAGUACAACACUAAGAGUGGCAGUGAGCUGAGGGAUGUCCUGAAAGGAAGUUUCUCUGCUGUGUGCAUUUUACUACUGAAAAUGGACCAUAACUAUUUUGACAUUUGUCUGUGUUAUCCGUGCAUGACAGGGCAUUGGCUAAAGAAAAAGUUGGAGAAAUUCAGCUAAGUGCAGAAUUGGGCCCCACUUAUUUCACUAUGUGGAAUAACGAUAAAAAAACAGGCCUGAGAGUCAUUCCCCAUUUAUAUUCUCAAUGAUUACCUGAUAUACAAACUGCCUUGCUAACAUUGAGGAUUUCAGUGUACACAGAUAUCUUAAGUUUUUUUUUUACUUCCUUUCUUUGAGAAAUAUUUUGGUAAGGUACUAAUUGUUUGUAUAUGAUGACCAAAUAAAUAAAAUAGUGU